GGGGCGGCGCGCGGGGGUGUCGCUUUAAAAGCACAGGGGAUUCGGCGCAUCCUGUACGUCUCUGGGGAGCUUUGCUGCUGGCGCCGUGUCCUGCUGAACCAAAAGAAUGGCUUUCCACAUCUUUUACAUCAUUCUUCUGCUGUGCAUGAGUGCUUCUUCAUAUGCAGAUGACACAGCAGCAGAUGAUUCAGAACCACUUGACAGACACUCUCUUCCUGUGAUGAAUCUUCCUGUGGGCCUGAGGACUGUUACAGAAGACCUGCCAGCCAAUGUGAUGUACUUCCUGGCUUCUGCUGGUGCUAUCAUUCUGGCAGUACUGGUGGUAGCUGCUAUACUCUCCCUCAUCUUACCACUCUUUGGCAUCAAGCUGUGCUACCUGUUGGGCACCUGUGAACAUGUCACCUACUUCAGUCAGCCUCUUGGUGCUGUGGGAACUCAAUAUGAUGCUUAUGCCAAUGGUGCCACUUUUAACAAUCCAGUUCCUUCAACUGCUUAUUCAUCAUCAGCAUACCAAAAGCGGUCACUGGAAUAUGUUGGCCCCAUACUGAAGGCCUUGUCUGCAGCUUAUGAGAAGUAUGCUGUGCCUCUUGUGAAGAAAAAAGAAUGAUUCUGUACUAGCAACACAAAAAUUUUAAUUUAAUUUGUUAAUAGUGUAUCUAGGGCAAAAUGUCUAUAUUUAUCUAAUGUUAUAUUAUUUUAAGAAAUGUAAGUCAGAUGAUACCAAGUAAACAGUGAGUAAUAAAAAAAAAUAAAGUUGAAAUGUUCUCUUUGAAA